GCCAGAAUGAAGUGCCUCCUGCUCUUGGUUGCUGUGUAUGCAGUGACAUUAAUCGCUCAGCAGACAGAAGCUUGUGCAGACACCCUAAAAAUUAGUAACAAACUGGGAGAGAAUGGACUACUUGGGAAAGAAACCAUUACUGUUAAAGGAGAUGUUGCGCUGAACAUUGGAACCCAGGUGCCACUGGUAGGCAAAGAAGUGCCACUACUAACAAAUUUAAAUCCAGAAUCACUGGAUUUGCCAGGUACACAAGUACCGGUGGUAAAAGGCCUACCAUCCUUACAAAAUGAUCUUCCUGGAGCCUUAGACUUGCCAGGUACUCAGCUGCCCGUAGUGGAACUUAAAACACCAGUUGGAAGUAGCAUUCUUCCAGGGGCCAUAGACUUGCCUGGUACCCAGCUGCCAGUUGGAAUUGGUAUUCCAGGGACCAUAGACUUGCCUGGUACCCAGCUGCCCCUAGUGGACCUUAAAAUACCAGUUGUGAGCAGUAUUCUUCCAGGGACCUUAGACUUGCCUGGUACCCAGCUUCCCCAAGUGGCCAUUAAAAUACCAUCUGCAAGCAGUAUUCUUCCAGGGACUUUAGACUUGCCCGGAACCCAAAUUCCAGAGUUAAACAACAAUAUUCCAUUGGGAAGCAAUAUCCUUCCAGGAAAUGUAGACUUGCCAGGUACCCAGCUGCCCCUAGUGAACCUUAAACCACCAGCUGUAAGCAGUAUUCUUCCAGAGACCUUAGACUUGCCUGGUACCCAGCUGCCCCUAGUGGAUCUUAAAACACCAGUUGUGAGCAGUAUUCUUCCAGGGACUUUAGACUUGCCUGGAACCCAAAUUCCAAUAAUAAACAAUAAAAUUCCAUUGGGAAGCAAUAUCCUUCCAGGAAAUGUAGACUUGCCAGGGACCCAGAUACCCCUGGUGAAAAAUCCUACAUCAUUAGGAGGUGCUAUUCUUCCUGGAAAUCUAGACUUGCCUGGGACACAGGUGCCUCUGGUGAAGACUCCAUUAGGAAAUGAUAUUCUUCCAGGACCAUUAAGCUUACCUGGAACACCUGCUGCAGCUGCCAGUACUUUGGAAAGUCUUCUUGUAGAGCUAUAUCGUCGUAUUGCAAGACUGGAAUCAGUCCUUCAGAUACAAGGAAAAAUUCAAAAGACUGGUGAAAAGCAUCAGAAUGGUAAAGGGAAGGGGCUGUUUCAAAGGCUACUAAACAAACCCUUGAAGAUAGUUGCAGAUGCAUUGCCCCUUCCAGGAAUAACCCCAUAAACCAUGUCAUCCCAGACAUGGCAUUAUGGAGAACAAAGCCAGCAUAAUAUACAUUUCUGAUAUUCCUAUAUAUUUAUGUAUGUGGAUAACCCAGGCCAUAAUGACAAUUACAAUACUCACUUGAAAAUCUAAUUGAAUUGUAAUAUAUUAUUUUCAUCAAUUGAAUUUACUUGUUUGAAAUAUAAGUUAGAAGAAAGUUAAAAGAUUGUUUUAUUGUUGUAGAAUCUUCUAAUUACAAAAUAAAAUUCAAAGCAUAUUCA